AUACACAUGUCUUAGAACACACGUUGGUGCAUUCGAAUUAUGUAUUAUAUAUGUAGUGUAUAUUUGCAGUUCACAGUCAGCGUUCUCCUGGUAUAUGUAUAACAAUUUAGGGCAGAGAAUACAAUUCACGUUAGGGAGCGGUGGUAAAUACGCUAGCGUUCCCUGUGGUGUAGGCCGCGGUACUCAGUGCUUUGUUCAGACAUGGACAUUAUGUCCAUGGUCUAGACCAACUCUUCGGCUCUUACGUAACACUUAGGACGUUGACCCUAUCCUAACCCUGUGCGAGUAUAAGGACUAGACCCUCGAUUUCUUUACACCGGUGUGCAUUUGUUGUUUUGUGACUGUACAGGUUGCCGGUUUAACGCAGGUGUGCUGUAGCUUAGCACGACGUGUGACCUAGUUCUCAGUCGCAAAUACAAAUAUUACACAGAUUAAGACAGGCGUUUGUAUAGUCAGCGUUAUUUUUGCGUCAGCGGAAGCUUAAAGGACUCUGGAGAUGACAUUGACCUUGAUAUUAUAUAAUGGUCACUGCGUGCUCUUUGGUAUUCGGUGGCAGCUGGGCCGGGAUUAGAGGAGCCAAUAACACUAUUGAAGGGCAGCACGAUUAUAAUGCCGGUUUCACAACUGACACAGUGAGUAACAGUUCAGUAAAUCGUUCGAUAUACAUGUAGAUCAGAAUGGCGGCUGCCUUUAUUUUAGCCAUUACGGUAUUGUUCAUGGUCGGCACGAAUCAGGCGAAAAUCCUUGAAACGAAGCUCGGUAAAAUCCGUGGGAAGACAGAGACGUUGAACGGGAAAGAGAUAGACGUGUACCUCGGUAUUCCAUAUGCAGAGCCUCCGCUUGGACACCUACGCUUUCGCAAACCGGCACUAAAGAAACCGUGGACUCGCACCAUUGAUGCGACCGAAUACGGGCCAUCGUGUACACAGAUAGUCCUGCCCGGGAUGAUAAUCUCUUUAUCCCACACGGAUACUUCUGAAGAUUGCCUCAAUCUUAAUGUGUACGUCCCUGUAUCUGAAAAUAAGGUCCCCAAAGCGGUCAUGGUCUGGAUACACGGUGGCGCCUACUCCAACGGCCAGGGGAUGGCGACCCCCUGCCAAGAAUUGGCUUUGCAUGGUGAUAUCGUGUGCGUCACCAUAAACUACAGGUUGGGUAUUUUUGGAUUUCUGUCGACAACCGACGAACAUGCACGAGGCAAUUUCGGACUCUGGGAUCAGCACGAAGCUCUGAAAUGGGUCAAAGAGCACAUCUCAGCCUUCGGUGGCGAUCCAGACAGAAUCACCAUCUUCGGUGAAUCGGCCGGAGGAUCGAGUGUGCAACACCAAGCAGUGACGAAGUAUAAUAUUGGGUUGGUGAAACGAGCCAUCGGCCAGAGCACGCCCACUUUUAGCAACGGGUUUUCGAUCUCAAGGAACCCACUUCGUUUUGCCAAAAAUUUAGCCCGUAAACUUAAUUGUGACACUACGGACAACCAAGAUCUUACUGACACCCUCAAAUUGGUUAACUGCCUGCGUUUGGUUUCGGCCGAGGCCCUUCUGAAUAAAACUUUAGAGCUAAUACAACCGGACUACACGAAGGACGAUUCCUCCUUCGAAAUGGCUGUCGGUCCAGUAGAAGAUGGUGAUUUUGUACCAUAUGGAAUUAUGGAAUAUUUCUCAGCUUCCAAGAAGAAAAACUACCCAGAAAUGGACGACGCGUUCGGUAAAAUUGAUUGGAUGAUCGGUUCGGUAGCAGACGAAGGGAAUCUUAUGCUUUACAUGUCGGCCAUGUUGCAAGAGGUAGAUGGGUACAAUUUUACUUCCGGAAUACCAGAGAACAUCAUAAAUACAAAAACUGUCAAUCCGAUAGCGAGAACGUUUUACCCAGAAAUCCAAGAAUCGGCUAAAAGGCACAUUCAUGACUCUUACACUCACAAGGCGGACCCAAUAGAAAACACCCUAGCUCUGCGAGAUCUCUUGAGCGAUGUCAUGUUCCACCAACACGUUGUCGAAUCAAGCUUGGCCCAUCUGAGAUCACAGAGUAACACCCAGAAAUCAGCCACCUACGCCUAUCUGAUCAGCCACGUUUUGAGCGGGAAGAAUUUUAUGGACUUUACCAUGGGCUUCAGCCUACCGCCCUGGACAAAGUGUGCGGCACACACGGAUGACAUAAUCCUGGUGUUCGGAAAACAUAUCGUCAAAGAAGGCGUGGAAGUCGAGUGGAGCGAGGAGGACCAGGCCACGGCUGAAGCCGUGAUGACGUAUUGGACCAACUUUGCUAAAACCGGAAAUCCAAAUCAAGGACGCCCACUAGAGGGCGUUCCAACAUGGGAGGAGUACACCAAGGAAAAGAAGGGCUACAUCAACAUUGGCAAACAAACUGAGAUGGGAUACGAUCUACUGCCAGAGAGGAUGAAGCUGUGGAUGCAUACAAUUCCUGAGGAGAUUGAAAGAGCAAAGACACAAAAGACGGAACUGUAAAACAGAUAAUCUAAAAAACAACCGACUUAUGUACAAAUAUGUAAUACCAGUAUACAAUUUACAUCAACACUUUGAUAACCAAUAUCCCUAUUCCCUUUUUCUUAAGUACGAUCAAACGUUAUAUAUAAAAAUUAAACAAGAAGACAAAGUUAUAAUUAUACUUCUUUUUUAAUUUUACAACUGACAUUAUACGGCUCAAGUAUGCUUUUAUGACCUAUAAUGACCUAUAAAUGUAAUAAAUUAAAAAGCUGACUUUUAACAUGUAAACAGAGUACAGAGGUAUACAACUGCUUGUUAUGCUGUCCUUUUUAAGGGAAAGAUGGGACCACUCAAAACUGUAAGGAGGAGGCACCCUUGAUUUCACCUUGCCGUGCGCACUGAAUUCAGAAAUUCCUUUUAAAUAAUAAAUUUUAAGUCACUGUUGAAAGUACAAAAAGAACAAGAUCGUGAAGUUUGUCUUACUCCUAAGAAGACAUUGGGUAGAAUAAAACAGAAAUGUGCAAAACUUAUGGGAGUAGCCCUGCACAUACAGAAAUAUCAACUAUGCAUUAAUUGGAUGCAUCACCCGGCUCCUCUAACACAAUCGAAGGUAAUGUAAACCUUACU